UCUCACUCCCUCCCCCUCCCUCCCCUGAUACAAUGGCUUUAGACGAAAACCCAGGGGCCCGGCCUUGUUGUGUGUAGACAGGGGGAGGUUCAGUCACUGAACACUAUACAGGAAGUAAUGCACGCUGCUCCAAGGAACCUUGUUUGCUGCCUACAGUCAUAGUCCUGGGCACAGAUCACGGCUGCAGACAUGGCACUAAGACUGUGCUCCUUCCAGCUCCUAAGAAGCAGGCCCGGAUCACUGUGCAGGCUCUUCUCACUCACAGGCCCUGCCAGCCAGACGGGGAACCAGGCACUCUGCACCCUGUAUACCCCGGAGCACAACGCCAUCAGGGAGUCACUGAGAAAGAUAAUAGACACAGAAAUUAACCCCUAUGUAGACCAAUGGGAAAAAGAAGAACAGUUUCCAGCUCAUCAUGUGUUCAAAAUCCUUGGACAGGCCGGGAUGUUGGGAGCAAACAAGCCUAUAGAAUAUGGUGGAAUGGGGUUGGACUUCUCCUAUAGCAUUGCAAUUGCAGAAGAACUUGGGAACAUUCACUGUGGUGGCAUACCCAUGGCCAUAGGAGUUCAGUCAGAUAUGGCUACACCAGCUCUCACCAGGUUCGGCAGCGACGAAUUGAAGCGUCAGUUCUUGGCACCAACUAUAGCGGGAGAUUUAGUGGCCUGCUUGGGAGUCAGCGAGAGCGGAGCGGGAUCUGAUGUGGCAAGUCUAAAAACCAAGGCUGUAAGAAAGGGGGACGACUAUAUCAUCAAUGGCAGUAAGAUGUGGAUCACUAAUGGCUGCCAGGCCGACUGGAUGUGUCUUCUGACAAACACAAGCAGCGGACCCUCUCACAAAAAUAAGUCACUCAUAUGUCUCCCCAUGAAGACGCCCGGUGUCCAUGUCACAAAGAAAAUUGAUAAAAUGGGCAUGAAGUCGUCGGACACGGCUCAGAUAUUUUUCGAGGACGUCAGGGUACCCACUAAAUAUCUGAUAGGAGAGGAAGGCAUGGGCUUCAUCUACCAGAUGCUACAGUUUCAGGAGGAGAGAAUGUGGGGAGUAGCUAAUGUUUUGACUCCCAUGGAAAACAUCAUACAAGAAACCAUCAAAUACACGAGGGAGAGGGAAAUUUUCAAUCAGCCGCUGCUGGAUAACCAGAUCGUCCACUUUCGCCUGGCAGAGCUGACCACCGAGGUGGAGCUUCUGAGGUCUCUCCUGCACCGUACAGUUGGAUUAUAUGUCGAUGGGAAUGACGUCACCAUGUUGGCUUCCAUGGCCAAGUUGAAAGCCGGACGUUUGACCCGAGAGCUGAGUGACAGCUGCCUCCAGUUCUGGGGAGGGAUGGGAUUCACUAAUGAAGUUCUCGUAAGCCGGUUUUAUAGAGACUCCAGGCUGCUCUCGAUUGGAGCCGGAGCGGAUGAAGUCAUGCUUUCAAUUAUAUGCAAAUAUAUGGGAACUCUUCCAAGCAAAAAGUAGAUCAAUAUAAUACUAUUAACAUACACCAUUAAAGAAAUAAAAAAAAUUGGGUCAGAAUCAGAGGCUAAUGGAAUACCAAGCGGAGAUGUUGCCGGUUGUUGCUCGCAGUAUUAAUAGUAUUUCGGUAAAAAAUAACAAUAUAUCGUGACUCCGAUAAUUCAGGAA